AUGCCCAAGUUCUAUUGCGAUUAUUGUGAUGUCUUUCUCACCAACGAUUCCAUCUCGGUUCGGAAGUUGCACUACAAGGGUUGGAAACACAAGACCAAUGUGAGAGCCUUCUAUGCACAAUUUGUAGAUGAUCCUACCAGUGCGUUGAUGGUUUCUACUCAAACCAAUAACACAGCCAAUCAAGCAGCAAGUAAUCCGAAUAUUUUGGUGAUGAAUCCAUUGUUGAGCACAACAACAACAACCAAUACGAGUGCAUCAAAACCUAAUGGCGUGCCCAUUCAACAACAACAACCAGUUUUGGCAUCGGGAAUGGGACAACCAAUUAUGAUGAUGGGUGUUCCAUUAAUCAUGAUACCCUCGAACACGGCACUACUCCCACAACAACAACCAGCAACAGGUAGUGUUUCAAUGGCAACCACAGCAACAACUUCAUCUGCCACCACAAGCGCUCUCACUACAACAACUCGUCAAUCCAUGGAACAAAUGAUCAAAACUCCCGAGUUGGCAAGCCCUCCUUUUGUGCCCGAUGUUCAGGAUGAGAUCAUGGAGGAUGCUGCCACCAAAAACCGUGUGGAAAGAGAGUCUACAACCACUACUUCUUCCUCACUACACCAUCACCAUCAUGAAUAUCCUCCUUUUAUUGCUUCUGAACUGUGUCAGCACCAUCACGAAAUGCCAAGAACAACAAGCACCAGCCAGGUUUCAACAAGCAUAAACGUUCCACCUCUUUUCUUGUUUCCUCCACCACCGCCACCACAUUUGGUGAAUUUAUGCCCAGAAAUUCCGCUCACUGGAAGCUAUCAACAAUAUGCUCCUUCUCCUCCUUUCCCUUUUGUUUUACAAAAACAGCAACAACACAUGAAAAUGUAA